AUGUCUCUGGGAACUCUCCGCGCCAAGGCUGUGCUGGACAAGCCUUCACAUCUCUACUGUGGCUCUUCCGAGCCCAUCACUGGCCGCGUGUGCCUGUGGUACGAGCCAGGCAAAGGUCUGCCGGCGGACCACGAGCUGUUUGGCCCUCUGCGCAUCAGCGUCAUCUUCCACGGCCGCCUCAAGACCAAAAUCCUCGACACCAACCACGUCCACCGUGGCCGCGUGCCUCUGUUCAGCAAGACCAAGGAGAUCUUCAAUGGCUCGAUCCGCAUCACCAAGGGCGACUGCCAGGGCCAGCGCUUCGAGCUGACCCUCCCCGAACGGAUCGAGACCAAGGCCCUGCACGCCUGGGACGAGGACGAUGCCCGGUUCGACCUGGACCUGCGGCAGACGCUCCCGCCCUCGACCAAGACGUCGAGCACUCGCUUUAACAACCGCUUCAACGCCUUUGUCGAGUACAAGCUGAGCCUGCGCGUCACCAUGCCCGACAUGCGGGUCAAGAUCGUGGUCCCGGAGCCUGCCUACGAGCCCAGCAUCCGCUACGAGCAGCCCCGCGUGUCCCGCCGGGUCCGGGCCCGGAGACUCGAGUUCCGGGGCGAGUUCAGCAUCCCGCAGACCUCUCUGGAGCCCGAGGCAGGAGCCCCAGCCGCGCCGGCGAAGAAGCGGCUCGGCAUAUUCCCGCCGGGCAAGACGAUUGGGUGCAUCUACGACUGGGCGUACUCGGUGCCCACACACAUUCACCGCUCCGAGUACACGCGGAUCAAGGUGGCGGUCAAGCCCCGCGAGGGCAGCUUCUCCCCGGACAUCACACCCCCGGGAGUGACAGUCAAGGAUUAUACCGUCAAGCUGGUCUCGGUCGUCCACGCCCGCGCCCCGACACACAUCAUCAGCAGCCCGCAUGCUGUGACGACAACCUGCGUGUCCAGCACUUCAUCCUCAUCGCCAUCCUCGUCGCCAUCGUCACCAUCUUCUUCUUCAUCAUCAGCAAAUCCCACGCAUGGAUCCGCCGCCCAGCCGCCACCACCGGCCCUCUCCGAGCCCUUUGGGCCCUCCAACGCGUGGACGCACUACCUCGACCUGCCGGGAACCGCCCACGUGUCGUCCUCGUUCCGCACAAUCUCGAUCCGCCAGGUGCACCGGCUCGAGAUCAGCAUGACGCUCGCCGUGGCGGGCCAGACGGCGCACAUCCAGAAGACGCUGGGCGUCACGAUCCACGCCCCGCUCGAGCUCCCCAGCGACAUCAUGGAGGAUCUGCCCGUGUACCACGAGAUCGCCGCCGAGGGCGAGGACGUCAUCAUGGCCGUCGGGCCCGCGACACAGCAGGAGGAGGAGGAGGAGGGUCUGAAUGACGAGGACGCAUACGGGGACAGAGACGGGGACGGAGACCAGCUGCCGCCCGCGUAUGCGUCGCACGCCGAGUGGCGAUUCACCCCCGUGGAAGGGCUCCUCCCACCUCCAGGAGAACCAGAGGCAAUCGACCUCCCAGCGGCCAUGGCAGCGGCGCCUCCCAUUGCUGCGGCCGCCUAA